CGGCUGGUCACUAUGGACCGGGGUGUAUCAAGGCGUGUAUGUGCGGCCUGCGACCCUGCGACCCAAGCACAGGCGUGUGUCUCUGUCCGGCGGGGAACAAGGGACCAAACUGCAAUCAAGCGUGUUCUGAGGGACAGUGGGGACAAAGCUGCUUGAGGAAGUGCGAAUGCCAAAACGGUGCUACGUGCAACUCUGUGACUGGAGAAUGCCACUGUCAGCCAGGAUAUGUGGGCCCUACGUGUGAGGCAACGUGCCCCGCCGGCAGGUAUGGUGUCAACUGUAGUGGAAUAUGUGGGUGCCUCAACGGUGCCUCCUGCGACCACAGGACUGGCCGGUGCCAGUGCCUACCGGGAUUCACGGGUCUUAGCUGCGGUCAGCCCUGUCCCCUGGGACGAUUCGGUCAGGACUGUGUACAAGUAUGUGACUGCAACGACGGUGGUGGGUGUGACAAGGUGACCGGGGAGUGCACAUGUGCGCCGGGGUGGCGAGGGUCUCAGUGCAAACUCAAAUGCGAGGAGGGUCGCUAUGGAGCAGGUUGUGCCAUGAACUGUAGCUGUGCCAAUGGAGGCGAAUGUGACCACAUUUCAGGCGCCUGCAUGUGUCGUCCAGGCAAGCUAACUACUGUACACUGGAAAACACACACACACACACAAUCAAUGUAAUGAUUCAACAUUUAUAUAAAUCAGAUUAUUCUUGCAGGGUGGCGCGGGACAUUCUGCUCCAGGCCGUGCUCAGACAGGUUUUGGAGCAUAGAGUGUCGGUACCAGUGUGACUGUGAUGUUGGCGCGACCUGUGACCCCGCCACGGGAGUGUGCUCGUGUCCGCCUGGCAAACGCGGCCAUCACUGUUCCAACACUUGCCCGGAGGACCGAUGGGGAAGCGACUGUCAACACGUGUGUUUGUGUCAUAAUGGUGGAACGUGUGACCGCGUGUCAAGGGCGUGUGUGUGAACCCCGGGCUACACCGGUGCCACGUGUCAAGAGAGGUGUCCUACGGGAACCUUUGGAAGUGGAUGUCAACAUACCUGUUUGUGUCAGCACGGUACCAACUGUCAGCACGACACCGGGGCGUGUGUGUGUCCCCCCGGGUACACCGGCACACACUGCCAGCGAGAAUGCGGGCCGGAUAGUUACGGUGCAGGGUGUGUCUUCAAGUGCGAGUGUCGGCACGGAGGUGAAUGUGAUCCUGAGAGUGGGGUGUGCAAGUGUGCCCCAGGAUGGCGGGGACCACCGUGCCAGAAAUCCUGUCCUAAAGGGAAGUGGGGAGCGGGAUGUGAACGCGUAUGCGACUGUGAGCAAGAAGCAAGUUGCCAUGCGAUCACAGGCCAGUGCCAGUGUCCUCCAGGCUUCAUUGGUGACAGGUGUCAGUUCAUCUGCGCUCUGGGUCAGUACGGGGAAAGCUGCAGCAAGGAGUGCCGCUGUGGGCCGUCUCAGCCGUGUGACCACGUGAGCGGGGAGUGUUCGUGUCGGCCAGGUCGCGAGGGACAGCAGUGCCACCAGUACUGUGCCGAGGGGCGGUGGGGCGAAGGAUGUCGCCAGCAGUGCAAAUGUGCAGGAUCAUCCCUGUGCGACCCGAUGAGUGGGGAGUGUUUCUGUCCCGCGGGACUCAAGGGCAGGAAGUGCCGCAGGGAAUGUCCGAGGGGCAGGUACGGCGUCGACUGUAAGCAGUGUAAAAAUGGUGGGACGUGUGACCGCGUGACUGGCCAGUGUGAGUGUCGCGACAACUACUAUGGCGCCACCUGCUCCCUCACUUGUCCCUCCGCCACUUACGGGCCAGGAUGUAAUCAGACGUGCGAAUGUGAGCAUGGCGGGGUGUGUGAUGCGACAGGGGCGUGCAACUGCCCAGCAGGGUACAGUGGCACGCUUUGCGAGAUCUCCUGCCAGCCCGGUACUAGGGGCCACCGCUGCAGCUCUCAGUGUCGCUGUAAAAACGACGCUGUCUGCCAUCCAGCUACUGGAGAAUGCCAGUGUGGGCUGGGAUGGACAGGACCAUUCUGCGACCAGGCGUCCGAUCCAGGCAUGUAUGGACCUGACUGCCGCAUGGACUGUGCCUGUCACCACAAUGUUUCUUGCGACCGCUUCUCUGGCUGCUGCGAGUGUGGUCCCGGCAGAUACGGGCGUUAUUGCGAGUUAGUGUCCGGCAGGGUUCUAUGGGGCGUAUUGCACUAGUGUGUGUGACUGCCGCAACGGUGCCACGUGUGACCCUAAGACUGGCCAGUGCCGCUGUCCCCCGGGUUUUAUGGGUGACACUUGUGGAGAAAUGUGUCCACAAGAAAUGCCACUGUGGUCUCUACCCGUGCCACCGGGAAACCGGAGUAUGCCAGUGUCCGCCGGGCAGGACGGGACCAAAUUGUGCCAUGCCAUGUGUGGAGGGCAAAUAUGGUCCCGGUUGUCAGCAAGUGUGUGAAUGUUACCAUGGCGGCAGCUGCCAUCCCGCCACUGGCCACUGUUCUUGUACCCCGGGUUGGCUGGGACCCACCUGCCGCGAGGAGGAUGGUGAGUAUUUCACUCCUUGCUUUGAGAAAAAAUGUAUACUUAUAACGCUAGACAUCCUUCAACGCUAUUAACUAACGUCUAUCUCUUUCCUUCCCACACGCGCAUUCAGGAGAUCGAAUCUCCUACGUGACGACCAGCGACCAGCGUGGCCGAGCAGACAUCCCAGUGGAGCUGAGCUGAUUUGAUAGCGACCAGUCCAAGCGACGCCCAGCAAGGCCACGUGACCACGAACAAUGAUUCUUUUAUUUACUGAUCUCUAAGGAGACACUUACAGGUGUAGUGUCUCCAGGCCGUGUGUGUGUGUGUGUGUGUGUGUGUGUGUAAAAGGUUCAUUUGUUAGGCAAAUGAGACGAGAGAAAAUGGCAGCUAUGAGCCUGAAAUGAAGGAGGGACUACACUAAACUUUUCCAGCUUGUCGGAAUGUAUUUAGGCGUGCAGUCAGUACAUAAAUUCCCUGCUAACUAGGUCGUAUAUUAGAGUGAAGAAAUCAAUUAGGUAAAAGCUACAUCAUAAAUAAAAUCAACAUCCGCCAGGCAUAGAAAGAUAUUUUGACAUGCAACACCGACAUGUCCCUGAGUACUCCAGUCUCCUCUAUGACCUGUGACCAUCAAUAAAUAGGUGAAAUUUGUUUUUGAGCUUCAUAGCCCUACUAGGUGAAGGAACUCAGGAUGCAAGGCCCCAAUCAAGAGAGGAAACGUCCAUACAGAUCAACACAUAAACGCAUUUCCCGUCAGGACGGUACUAACACAAAAGCGAAUAGGUAACUAAUAACUAUUCAUGAUGCAGCCGCUCGUUAACUCUAGCAGGAUAACAGCACACAUUCAUUAUUCUGCUAUGUAUUGUAUACUCAAAUACCUUGUUGUCUGAAUUGUACACCAUCAGCUAUUUAUUAACAAUAAAUCCACAUUUUUUUAUUUGAAAUGAAUAAAAGAAAUUAAAACAG